AUGUCAAAACCAGUACACAGCAAAAAUGAAAUACUGAGGUCCAACACUGGUUUGAUCAUCAAUCCACUCAAAGCCUAUCCACGCUCAGAAACAAAAGAUAAACUGACAGGACUUACUAUAUUUCAAGGAGUCAACGAUAAAAAUAAGAUCUCCAUCCAGGCCUACAGGGACUUUUCAGGCAAAGUCAAGCAAUCAAGAACAGGUUUCCAUCCAGGGCCACAGUGUCUUCCGUCCAGGUCAAGCAUCAGGGAUCCGAUCAGAGUCUACGGAUUAGUAUCUGUUCCAUCCAGGUCAAGCUUCAAGUCCUAUGUCAAAGUCCACGGUUUCAGUAUCCAUUCCGUCCAGGUCAAGAUUCAAGGCCCAUGUCAAGGUCCACGGUUUCAGUAUCCAUUCCGUCCAGGUCAAGCUUCAAGGUUCAGGUCAAGGUCCACGGUUUCAGUAUCCAUUCCAUCCAGGGCAAGCUUCAAGGUUCAAGUCAAGGUCCACAGUUUCAGUAUCUAUUCCAUCCAGGGCAAGCUUCAAGGUUCAGGUCAAGGUCCACGGGUUCAGGUCGAGGUCCACGUAUCCAUUCCAUCCAGGUCAAGCUUCAAGGUUCAAGUCAAGGUCCACCGUUUCAGUAUCCAAUCCAUCCAGGAAAAGCAUCAAGGUUCCGAUCUCCCAGCUAUGGUUAUAGCCACCCAGGUCAAGUGUCAAGGUUCCGAUUUCCCGGCAAUGGCCAUCGAUGUCAGGCGUCAAGGUUCCGAUCUUCCAGCCAAGUGUUCCGUCAUCCAGGUCAAUCAACAGGAUUCUGAUCUCCCGUCCAUGGUUAUAGCCAUCCAUGUCAAGCGUCCAGGUUCCGAUCUCCCAACCAUAUUUACAGCCAUCCGUGUCAAGCGUCAAGAACCCGAUCCCCCGUCCAUGUCUCCGGUCAUCAAUGUGAAGCGGCAAGGACCCGAUCGCCCGUCAAUGGUUACAGUUAUCCAGGACAAGCAUCACGGUUUCGAUCUCCCAGCUAUGGUUAUAGCCAUCCAGGUCAAGUGUCAAGGACCCGAUCGCCCGGCCAUAGUCGUCCAGUGUUCAGUCAUCCGGAUGAAGCGUCAAGGACCUGAUCGCACGUCUAUGGUUAUAGGUUCUGAUCUCCCAGCCAAGGACAAGCAUCAAGGGUCUGAUAGCCCGUCUAUAGUUAUAGUCAUUCAUGUCAAGCAUCAAGGUUCCGAUCACCCGUCUAUAGUUAUAGCCAUCCAUGUCAAGCCUCAAGGUUCAGAUCGCCCGUCCAUGGUCAUAAUCUUCCAGGUCAAGCAUCAAGAUUCUGAUCUCCCCGCCAUAUCUCCAGCUAUCCAGGUCAAGCAUCAAUAUUCCGAUCUCCCCGCCAUGUCUCCAGCUAUCCGGAUCAAGCAUCAAGAUUCCGAUCUUCCCGCCAUGGGUAUAGCUAUCCAGGUCAAGCAUCAAGAUUCCGAUCUCCCCGCCAUGGCUAUCCAGGUCAAGCAUCAAGAUUCCGAUCUCCCCGCCAUGGUUAUAGGUAUAACAAAAAUCGAUGAGCAAUCACACUCGGCUUUAUUUAUUUCUAGUGUUGAAUCCACCAAGAUCAUGCUUCACGGAUCCGGAUUCAGUCCGUGGCUAUAG